CCAGAUUCUGACUCCAAUAUAAUAUAGGCCUAUUGCUUGACUCCAAUAUAGACCUCUUGCUUUAUCCGUAAUGAGGAGAAUGGAGACUUGGACAGACGCCCUGACAGGCUUAUACAAUUCAUGUUUAACGGCUCCCUGUAGAGGGCGUGAUAGCCCACCCCUGCCAGACACCGCCCCCGAGAGGCCUCCUCUUCCUCUCCUCUACACAGAGUACCAGUUCUUCAACCAGCGUCAUGGGUUUCGACGCCCCCCGGUGGCACAGGAGGGUCAUCACAGUGCGGAGUGGAACAGAGGAGCCAUCACAGACAGAGGACAGAACGGUGACACAGCACACGGCACUACUCACCAGGUGUUCCAAAGGGUGCAGAGAUCAAAUCAACACAGCCAUCAAUAUCAGAACAACAAUGUCCUCUCAAAGGCGGCAGCUCCAAGCGUCCUGCAGCUGUUCCCCAGCAGCACCCCCAGGGGGCGCCCCAGAGGCCCGGCGCUGAGCGGCUGGUGUGGAGAGCAGUGGUCACAUGACUCGGAGGGCUACCUCAGCGUGGAGAUGGACGCACCUGUCGGCCGUGCGGGCCGCUCCUCCGUGGAGGAAAUGGCCGACUCCGACUCGGAGUACUUCAGCCCCAGAGUGACCCCGCGGGCCCUCAGGAGGCAGGACGCAUCCCCCCGCCAGCAGCGCCGCAUGUGGGCCGCACCCGGGCCGCAGGCCAGCCAGCAGCGCCACAUCUGGGCCGCACCCGGCCCUCAGGCCCCGCCCCUGGACCCAGCCCAGGGGUUCUACUACCACUCCCUUCCAGCGCCGCGCUCCAAAACACUCCUCCCCAAGCCCAGGUUAUGCAUUUCCCCCCAAGGGUUUCACAUCUCUGUGGUGGAGAAGCCCACGUCCAUGAGGGCCACCAUAACGCCCACCUCUCCUGACGCCAGCCCACCGAGUCAGCAUCACUUCCUCCCCAUCCAGCAGCACAUGGCCAUGCCGCCCGCUAACUGCCCCAUCCAGCCGCCCGCUAACUGCCCCAUCCAGCAGCACAUGGCCAUGCCGCCCUCUAACUGCCCCAUCCAGCAGCACAUGGCCAUGCCGCCCGCUAACUGCCCCAUCCAGCAGCACAUGGCCAUGCCGCCCGCUAACUGCCCCAUCCAGCAGCACAUGGCCGUGCCGCCCGCUAACAGACACCCACUGCACCACUGGCCGCCGCGCCACAGCGCCUCUGGCCCACAGCUCACCCACCGAUCGGUCCAUCAGCCGGCGCCGGUCAAGCCCAGCGGCCACCUGAGAUCCAGCGUGGCUAUGGACGGGCUCGCCCAAUCAGAACACAGAGCCAGGCCCACGGAGGGACACAGCGCAGGGAACUCAGCUGGACGAACACGUCAGGUGGAGCUGAAGAGCAAGAACGUGCUGGGUGAGCCGCUGCUGUGUGCCACGCUGAAGACGGUUCCGUCGCCCCCACUGGCCCCUAGAACCCGCGUCCAAGAGGACCUCCGCAAGCUGCUAGUUGUGGGUGAUACGGUUGAUCACCGUAAAGUUACAAACCUAGACGGAACACUAUAUCAGUGUCCUGUGGAGUCCGCAGACGGGCCGCACAGUCCUGCUAUGAGCCGGCCACUGGACUCCCCAGCACACACACACACCAGGGCCUCCCCACGGAUCAGCAGGAACGGAUUUGGGUCGGUGUGUGAGCUCAGUGAAGCUGCUGUCUGGAGCAUGAGACCCCUCGGGGAGCACGGGCUCUUCCCCCCCUCAGGUAAACGCACCUGA